AUGGUUGGCUGGGGAAAGUCUUCAGUCCAGUGGCGCAAAUUAGAUUGGGUCAAGAGCCCGGCUAGGGAGUUACAGGUAGGAAAAGGUGGUGUUUGUGAGGAAGACAUUUGUAAAUGUGGUGCUGUUGGCAUGAAUUUCUGUGGCUAUGAAUUGAAUAAGCAAGCUGAAGAUCUAAGAGGAACAGGCAGUGGAGUACAAAUGAAGCACGUUGCUGAGAUGGUGCAGAAAGGCUGUGAAAUACGCGGGAAAAAGGAGGCAGAGGCACAGCCACGCUCCAAGACCAAGCGACAUACCCGCGGAGCUGGGCCACGCAGAGCCGGCCCAAAGAGCCCUCCCGCCACCCCAGCCGGGGAGAAGCAGCAACUCCUCGCCCCCGCAUCCCCAGGAGCCAGACUCCAGACUGGCUCUGUAGUCAGGGGCUCCAGAGCAGAUCCCCAGGCAGGUUUUGCUCAGCCUCCACUGAGGGCUAGCCUUUUGGAAGGUGUCUUCAAUAGCCAGACCAGGGAGACCACCGUGACUGAGAAUUCUACAUCUACUCCUGCGGCCAAGCCUAAGCUGUCCAAGGCCUCUAAGAAGUCCACAGAUUACCCCACGUAUUCAGACAUGACCGUGGCUGCCAUCCAGGUGGAGAAGAACCAUGCUGGUUCCUCGCGCCAGUCUAUCCAGAAGUAUAUCAAGAGUCACUACAAGGUGGGUGAGAACACCGACUUGCAGAUCAAGUUGUCCAUCAAGCAGACCAAAGGGGUGGGUGGAUCAGGGUUGUUUUGGCUGGCCAAGAGUGAUGAGCCCAAGAAGUCUGUGGCCUUCAAGAAGACCAAGAAGGAAGUGAAGAAAGUGGCCAUGCCAAAGAAGGCAGCCAAGCCCAAGAAGGCUGCAGCCUCCAAGGCCCCAAGCAAGAAACCCAAAGCCACCUCAGUCAAGAAGGCCAAGAAGAAGCUGGCUGCCAUGCCCAAGAAAACCAAAAAACCCAAGACUGUCAAAGCCAAGCCAGUCAAAGUAUCCAAGCCCAGGAAGGCCAAAUCAGGGAAGCCCAAAGCAAAGUCCAGUGCCAAGAGGUUCGGCAAGAAGAAGUGA